AUAACACCUAGCGCUCACGAGCAUGUGUAUUUUCAAAAUGAUUUCCUGAGCAAAGGCAACACAUGUUCCAGCCGUUCUGACAAUAGGACGCAGGCAGAAAAGAGCAACAAAAAUGAGAAGGUCGUCUCGUUUGCUUGAGUCAACAGCUUUACUUGUGAUCAGCAUUCUGUGCUUGGUCAUAAUUUUUAUUAAAGAGGACAUUCGUCCUAAAAAACCCUCAAACCAUUUCCAGAUAAACAGGAGGGAAUCAACCUAUCAAAACAGACCUCAGAAACCAACCAGUGAGAGCGCAGGUGUUUCUACCUGGGGCCAUUGUGAACGGAAUGAGUCUGCGGCCAAUGUGUCAGGGUUUUCCUCUCUGCCAGUUCACAUCCAAGACUUCCUUUUCUAUCGUCACUGCCGCCAUUUCCCAAUGCUGCUGGAUGUACCUGAUAAAUGUGGAGGCCCUCACAAGUCUGCUGACGUCUUUCUUCUGCUGGUCAUAAAAAGCUCACCUGCGAAUUACGACCGCCAUGAGGUACUACGGAAAACCUGGGCCAAGGAGAGACUGCAGAAUGGAGUCUGGAUUCACAGGAUUUUUCUCUCGGGAACAACAGGCACAGGCUUUGAGAAGCGCAAGCUAAAUAAGCUUCUACGACUGGAGAACCGUGAGCAUAAUGACAUCUUGCAGUGGGACUUCAACGACUCCUUCUUCAACCUCACCCUGAAGCAGAUUUUGUUCUUAGAAUGGAUGGACAAGAACUGCCGCCAGGCCCGAUUUCUCCUCAACGGUGACGAUGAUAUCUUCGCCAACACAGAUAACAUGGUGGACUACCUUCAGAGUCUAAAAGACAAUAAUGGUGACAAGCACCUUUUUGCAGGUCAUCUAAUCCGCUAUGUAGGACCCAUUAGAGAGUCAGGGAGCAAAUACUAUGUCCCAGUCCAGGUUCAAGAGUCAGACUCAUAUCCCCCUUACUGUGGGGGAGGGGGCUUCCUGCUCUCUGGAAACACAGCUAUGGUCAUUUACAAAAUGACCCAUACCAUUCCCAUUUUGCCAAUUGAUGAUGUCUACAUGGGAAUGUGUCUGGAAAAGGCUGGUCUUGGGCCAGAGUCCCAUUUCGGAGUCAGGACUGCUGGACUUCAUGUCCCCUCCCAAAACGUGGACACUUACGAUCCUUGUUAUUACAGGGAAAUAAUUUUAGUACACAGAUUUCUGCCUCAUCAGAUAUAUAUUAUGUGGCACGGAAUACAUGAACCUAACUUGAGAUGUAGUAAUUCGCAAGGUUCUCUUUAGCCAUCUGUCCUGUUGAAAUCAGUUGCCUGCUGAGGUUUGCUUUUCCAGUCUUUUUUUCAAACAGGUGUGAUGUCUGAAAGUUGUUUUUGUUGUUGUAAAUACAGACUAAUUUUAAGAUGUAAAUUAUGGGAUUGAUUGCUUCUUCUGUGUAUGUACAUAGAAAUGAUCAAAGUUUAUAUGAUGUAUUGCUUUAAGUCAGUAUCACUUCUUUCUAUUUAAUAAAUGAAAACAUGCAUAUUAAAAAAUAUAUAUGAUAUUGAUUCUAUAUCAAACGCGAAUAAAAUAAAAUGCAUCUUUGAUUUUU